AUGAAAGAGAUCAUUGAGAUUGUAGCACUUUUUCUAGGAUUUUCAAGCUGGGUAUUGAUUUUAGUAUCACUGCAAGAUCAGUAUUGGAAAGAGUCCACCACAGAAGGCAGCGUUAUCACAACCUCCACAAUCUAUGAGAACCUCUGGAUGUCUUGUGCAAGUGAUUCAACUGGGAUCUACAACUGUCGAGACUUUCCAUCUCUUUUUGCUCUUCCAGGGUACAUUCAAGCAUCCCGGGCACUCAUGAUUGCUGCCAUUGUGUUUGGGACAUUUGGGCUUGUGGCCACUCUCAUAGGAAUGAAGUGCUCAAAAAUAGGAGGAGAAAACUACAUCUUGAAGGGGAGGAUUGCUGCAAUCGGAGGAGUAUGCUUUUUGCUACAAGGUAUUUGCACCAUGAUUGCUGUGUCCUGGUACGCAGCUAACAUCACACAGCAGUUCUUUGACCAGUUUUAUCCCGGGACAAAGUAUGAGAUUGGAGAGGGCCUGUAUAUCGGCUGGUCCUCAGCCACACUGGCUAUGUGUGGGGGUUCCUGCCUGAUGUGUGCGUGCAAAUUUAAAAACCCUGAUGAAAAAGGGCCAUAUCCAUACCAGCCACCCUCUAGAGGACAUGUGCUGUCAACUGUGGCAACGUCUCAGACAGCACCAAGCCAUUAUGGAAGAAAUGCUUAUGUCUGAGAGGUGACUGGGGAAGGAGAGCUGCAUGGCAGAUUGACCAGACUGAACAUUUGAGAGAGAUUAUAUACAGCCUUUAACAUAAAGGCUGCUAUAAGAUGGCAGCAUUUACAGAAUUCAGAUCACUGUACAUUAUUUCAAGAAGGGUACACUUGAUUUUGGGAUGUGUUGUUUUCAUUUAUUCUUAAUUAUUUGUUUUAUGAUUUUUCAUGUGUAUAUACUGUGGUAAACAAGGAUUAGAUGACAAUCAAAAAUUUCAUCCAUAUAUUCCUUUAAAACUGUUUUACAGAUGUUCUUCAGUUUAACUUUUCAUUUGUAUUUAUUUUAUUCACAACAUGAAGUGUUGUUGUUCAUGUGUCCUCAAACCUUCCUCAGGUCCUCUGAUUGAUGAGUGUUGCACCCUUUCAGUACAGAACAUGUCUUAAGGCUAUGCCAACAAAAUAAUCUGGUCACCUUUGGUAUUAAAUCAUCCAUUUUCUCUACAAAAAGGUUAAACGCCUUUGGAGCCGUCCUCUCUCAGGAUUGAGUUUGAGAAAUUACUGCAAAGUGAAUAAGCUGACGUUUUGUACAGGAGUUAAGGCCAAAGCAGAAGUUCCUUUUAUCUCUGUUGAUUAAAUUGUAUUCAGGAGUAAAUCUGACUAUGACUUCACUGUGAGUGAAUUGAAUCGCCACGUUUUUAUAGGUUUUGUGCACUGUAAACUGUUUUGGCACGUAUGUAUUGUGAAUGUCAAACUCUUUAUUUAGGGUGAUUGCUAUGUGUUGCUGUAG